ACACCAUGGACGCUCAUUCACAAGAAGUUUAUCUGAAGAAACGACUUCAGGGCUUUCUUGGAGAGAUGCUAAAAAUGGGUACUCUUAAAGGCUUCAAACACUUCGCAACUUACAUGAGAGGAAGAGAGGAGAUGGUGAUCAGCAUUGUAAAUGAACCACAGACCACCCAUCACACAUAUGUGUCAGAGUCUAGUGGAACAGGCUUCAGCUCUCCAGACAGAAGUGGUAGUCUCACUUCACAAAACCUACCUUAUGAUAAACGGUCCUUGCUCAUCUCAAUGCGAUCACAGAUGAAUCUGAGUACAGCUCCCACAGGUAUUGGCUUGCCUCCAGCUUCACCCAGUGAUCAGGAAACACAGAUUGGAGGAGAGAACUCCACUCUGUUCUUGGUGGCAGGCUAUGCUCGAUACUGUUGUCCCUAUGUGUGGGUAAGAUCCAACCAUGAACGACUGAUCAAGCUGACAGGUGACUCUGCUAAUGACAAGGAUUGCCCACUCAAGCUCAAGACUACUGUUGGCUGGAACAACUCAGAUUUUAAUGUGUGGGAUAUUGUGGCUGAGCUGGUGAAGCUGUGUUGUUAUCCUGCUCCUACUAACCCAUAUGAGAUUGACUUUGACUACUUUGAUAACCUUACCCUACCUGAACAAGUGCUGUCAACAGCUGCCAUGUGUAACUUUCUACAGAAGGUCCUUGUCCAUGUACCAGAUGAUAAAGCAUACAUAAGUAAAGUAUUUGAAGAGAUCCAGAUUCUUUCAAAGUUGCACUUCAGUGCAUUACAGAAGCUUGCCAAAUCCGGGGGCAUACCUAUACUUAAUCAACACUUGCAGGCUUCCAGUCGCCGACAGCACAGGACAAGCGGCUCAUCAGCAUCUUCACGGCAGAGAUACCCUAGUAGUGGAGGAAACUAUUGGGGUGGGCAACAGGCUCCGACCCGAGGGCACACCUUCAGUCAGUACUGAUGAAUGGAUGGGCAGCAGGCUCUUGUUUGAGGGUAUAUCUUCAGUCUGUACUGAGGGAUGGGCACGUGGGCAGGCAGCAGACUCCUGCCUGAGUGUACACCUUCAGUCAGUACUGAAGAACAGGCAGGCAGCAGACUCCUGUCUUUGAUUACAACUUCAGUCAGUACUUAAGGAUGGUGGAGGCAGGGGUGGACAGGCAGCAGGCUCCUGUCUGAGGAUACAACUUCAGUCAGUAAUGUAGGAGGGGGGAGAGGAAGGGAUGGACAGGCAGUAGGCUCUUGUCUGAGGGUACAACUUCAGUUAGUAAUGUAGGAUGGGGGAGAGGAAGGGAUGAACAGGCAACAGGCUCUUGUCUGAGUGUACACCUUCAAUCAAUACCGAAGGAUGGAUGGGCAUCAGGCUUUUCUCUGAGUGUACAACUUAAGUCUGAGCUGAAGGAUAGACAAAAUCUGCAUUAUGGGGAUGAAGAGACUGUGCUAAUUAUAGAUUGUCUUGGUGGAUUUUGUUCAGAGAGAGAGAUUAAGAAAUAUACAUGUUGUUCUUCUAUGCAGGCUUAUUUUCAUGGCGUCUACAUGUAUAAAUCAGUACUUGUUCUCAGUAUAAUUACAUUGUAAGUCAAUAAAGAGAUUCUAUGCUAGAUAUAGCUAUUACAUCAGGUGUAAGUAGGCGUGCUUUGUGUUCUGUAAUAUAACUGUCAUAUUGAAUGUUUAUAGCAAUAAACAGCUACCAUGCACAAUAUACAGUGCAGGUAUAAGUGUAAUUAAAAACCCUGGCUUAAAGUGUCUACACACUCAGAAUCUUGCUUUUGAAUCAGUCCUUUAACCAAUCUUUUCUCCAGUUAAAUGCCAUUAAGACGAGUGAAGAAAUUUCUGUCACAUGGUAUCUCUAUACUUUGAAAAGUUGCUGUAAUAACAAAGUAGAUUAGGACUGAAGUAUACAUCUUUUUACUGUAUUUUUUCCAGUGUAUUUCGUCUCUGGAUUGUACAGAUUUUUAGCAGUCAAUAAAUAUUUCUUGUUUGCUUUCAUAUAAAGAUCAUACAUGUAAUUAGUAACUCUCACAGAAAUAUAAUUUUCUCCUUGAUUUUAAUUUGGAUUGUUACGUGUAUGUUAAUUUCUUGGCUUUAAUUUCAAUCUUCUUUUCCAUAAUCACGUAUAUAUGGUAUAACAGUAAAAAAAUUGUAAUCAACAUAAGGAUUUUAAUGUGAAAGUUGAGGUGUUUUACAUUCAUUUAAUGAAAUUUGUUAGUAUUCUUUGUGUUGUUACAUGUCCUUUCACACUUUGUGGAGGCAUUGUGAUGUAUAUCUAGAGGACAGUGAUACAGAUUUAUAUAUAGAUGGGAUAUGUAAACAUGAAAUAUCAAUUAGAUAAAAUGUCUAUUUUGUUGGCAUAUUUGAGCCUGUCGGCUCCUUUCAGGGAUAUAUACUUAUAUAUGUAACAGUGUCUGUUAUAUUGAUUUCUCUAUUGCAAAUUGUAUGUUAAAUAAUGGUUUGAAAAUGGUGUAUGUGUAUGGUAUCAUGAAAUGUAUAAUCAUCCUAUUUGGUAUUUAGUCUAAGGUUUAAAAAAAAUGUGUUUAUGUUUAUAGAAUAAUCAUUAUAUAACAAGUUAUAUUUGUGAAUGAUAAUGAUGAGUUUAUGGAAGCUUGUUAGUGUUGGUGGCUAAGAAUUGUGUUUGACAGAUCAAUUAUUGUGAUGGCUGGGAAUCAUUUUGAUUCCAAAUUAUUGCUGUAUAUCAGCCUACAAUGUUUCUAAAACAUGGUACAAAUACUGGGAUCAGGUAUUGUAAAUGUUGAAUGUCUAAUUAUCUGACAUAUCAAAUUUUUAAUUUGUUUAAGUGGUUAUUGUAACAUAGAAAUACCAGUUGAUGAUGUGUUUGAGGUUUUGUGAUAAAUGCCGUGGUAAUUAAUAUUUGACAUGUCUAAUUUAACAAGAUAUUCCACAAGUUGCUCUUAAACUUCACCAUCUAGUGUCAGUUAUAAAAUGGUGACAAAAACAUACAAACAUAUUUUACCUGUAGAUUAGUGUUUAAAAAGAGUUUGAAUGUUCAAAAGAGAUAGAGGAAUAAUGAUUUUAUAUUAGUUAUACAGAAACUGUGUAUAUUUGAAAUUUAUAUCGUACUCUGUAUUCUUUAUUUGAAAGUUUGAGGUAUUCUGACAUGUAAGUCCUAAGAUGUGUAGAAUGUUGAACAGCCUAUAUAUCUACACAAGAUUGAUUUCAUUGUUAUCAUUCUGGUAUUUCUGGAAAAAAAAAAUUCAUGCAUCAAUAUUGAUGAGGGAUGUUUUUUCUUAAUUCAUGGUUUUUUCUUUCUGUGUUUCGUUUUACGUUUUCAGUGAGGUUAUACUGAAUUGUUCGUUUUUGUGCAAUCUUUGUAGACAAGUGGCAAGGUGAUGCCAUUUUGAAUGUAGGACACAUAUUUUAGUCUCUUGUUGGUGGCUUAAAAGCAAGAAACUUAUUAGUAAAUUACUGUGUAUACAUGCAUGUUAUAUUCUGCUAUUUUUGGGGUUUUUAUUUUCGGGUGAAAUAUUAAUGUUAGUUUAUUAUUUUUUAAAUAAAAUUAAGAUCAAAUGAAGAAAUCGAUUUAAAGCUUUUAUAUUGACAACCAAGUGUGUUUACAUGUAGGAAAUUCCUGUGAAAACUUUCAAUAUUAUUUUGAAGCAAUGGGUACAGAUAAACCACUGGUUUAUAUAGGUCAUAUGAGAAUUCCAAAUGGAAUUAGAAAACACUUUAUCUGUUCAAAAAAGACUUUGUUAAGCUGUGUUUACUAAAGAAAGAUAAACUUAGAUUUUGAAAAUUGUCAUACCUGAUCUCCUGAUUUCUAUUCAGUAUCCUCACUAUUUCCUCAAGUUUCUCACGAACAGGAUUAUUGAAUCUUCUGUAUAAAUUUACAAUAUGCUUUAUAGCUAUUUUGGUAAAGAUAUUUCUAUUCUGUAAUUUUGUGCAUCUUUCAUUGUUUCAAACAAUAUAAUUUUUGCUGAAAUUUUCUGCUUGAAUGCAGCUCUCUGUGACAAUGAAUCUUUCUGCUGUAUUUUAUUCAGUGAUUUUGUCGUACAGUGUACAACAAAUGUAACUGAGAUUUUUUUAGUGUGAAAUGCUGACUUUAUUGUAGUAGUAAUGUGUAUAAAUCUUUAUACCCUGAACAUGAUAUGUGCUGAUAUUUAAAGAUCUUGCAAAUAACUUUGAUGUGAUGAUGAAUAUACAAUUGAUGACCAAUUUAUUGUAUGAAAAAUACAAGAUGUAGAAUGU